UCGGUGUAGACCGUUUAACAUCUACGUGAUUUAAACCAAUUUCAACAUUGAAUAUUUCGUGUCAGAGUGUCUGGAUUUAUUGAUUGGUCUGGAUGUUGGGACUACGCAUUCUGUCCUGUAGGUCACUGAAGCAGCCAUAACUAGUUUGCCACCACUCCUCCCGUAAACACCAGAAACACCUAACUCUAGUCAAUGGUUCAAGUAUAGAAGGAAAUGAAACUACAUACCAACUCAAGAGGAUACCAGGAGAACCACAUGAAAACAAUGUCAGACAUAACUAAUAUGGGUCAGGUUUAGCUAUCACAAGACAAACAGACUUAACACAGAUGGUUCUAUGGAGAAGGUCAGAAAGUUGCUGCAAAGUCCCGGGUCAAGGAGAAAAAUUGCAUCAAAUGCUCGGAAAACAUUUGGAGUACCCCUGGAUGAGCUUGUUCAGCUAGCUCCCACGGGUUCCACUGUACCUUUCCUAGUGACCCGAGUGUGUGAGCACAUCCAGAACAAAGGCUUCGAUCAUGAGGGCAUUUUUCGCAUUAGUGGAAGUGCUCGUGUUGUUGAAAAACUGCGUGCCAGUUUUGACAGUCAAGGUAAUGCUGACCUGGACGAGGACAAUGAUAUCAUGGCCGUUGCAGGCGUAUUGAAGCUUUUCUUGCGAGAGCUACCUGAUGCUGUCAUACCCUCCUCACUCACCAAGCAGUUUGUUAGUAUACAGGAAGCUUGUAUGAAUGACACAUCUGCCUGCAUAUAUAAACUAAAGAUGGCUAUCAUAAGUUUACCCAAGGAAAACUACAACCUGCUGAAAUACAUCAUGAGUUUCCUGGUGGUCGUGGCCUCCCAUGAGAAAUACAACAAGAUGAGCCCUAUGGCUCUGGCCAUUGUGUUUGGGCCUAAUUUAUUUAAGUGUGGAAUGGGUGUGGUAGGUUUGAAGGACCAAGGAACGGUCAAUCAGAUUGUCUACAAGUUCAUCUUCCAUUACAAUGCCAUAUUCAAGCUGGAACAUGAGACAAGCCCAGAGGAUUUCUGGCUACACAGAAGAAAACAGAAAACUCCCCCUCCACGCCCUCCCCCUCCCAAGCUUCAGGUCGUGGAUGUAGAGGCGCGACCCGUGGCCACUCCCAGAAAGUCGAAACUGGACUAUGACAGUACCCAGUACCAGGACCAUGAGGACUGGGACCACAGCGAGGACUCUUCCUCAACAAAUCUCCGACCUGUAAGUCCACGCUUCAGCGAUGACGAGUUGGUCGCUGGACGGGCCUCACCAUUCAUACUGGACAGCGAUGGUGGAUACAGUAUCAUUGAAUCCCCUAUUCCAUCAGCCAGGACCUCAGAGACUGUAGAAAAAGUGAUCACACAGACCAUUACAGACACACUGUUUGGUGACGAGGACCGAUCUUUUGUGCGAGACAGUCUGGAAUUUCACAGAGAGGCAAACACAGAGGAAGAUACAGCGACAGACACAUCUACAGGCCAUAUAGGAGGUUUAGGGAUGGACCUGCAGGAGGACUCGAGUGGUAACAGUAGAAUGGAGGAGGAGGCUGCUCCGGCUGUACGAGACAGGAUCAAGCAAUAUGAAGACAUGCCAUCAGAGAGCAUAGAAACAACUAAGGUUGGCAAGCAGAGGCCAAGCUCAUCUGCCUUCAACUUCUUUGAACAGAAAGGAAUCAUUAUUACACAGUUACCCAAAUAUUCUAGUACAGAAGAUGAUGGAGAUGGAAAAGAAAAUGAUGACAAAGCAAUGAGGAGCAGUCAGAACAAAGAUGACGACUUUGAAACUGUCAGCAAGAGGAACUCAGGGACACUGUCAAGUUUUAAGAGGCCAGCAGGACCAGCUAACCGACGCUCUCCAACUAGAAAACAUCGUGCUAGCGUGGAAGAAGUGGACUUUGACGAGGACAUUGAUCAACUCUUACAGGACACUGAAGCCAAAGUGGUGAUUGAGACCAUACCUGACAAUUCCACACAAAAUGCUUCGUCUAUUACACAAGAUACAGCCAUGGUCAAUGGAGGCAUUCCCAAACCUCGUGUAGCUUUCCUGGAACUAGCUGCAACGGAAAUCCGGCGCAAUGGUGGCUCCCCAAAUAGAUCUCCGAAUGAGUCUCCGUCGAGUAGCAGGAAGCCAUUUAUUCCUCCUCUUGACCUCUCAACUCUCCAUCAACAUAUAGAUAGCUCAGAUGCCAUCCUUGCCCAUAAGGGACAGUCAGUCUCAUACUUGCGUGCGGAGUCACAAAUCAAUGGUGAUGACAUUACAGACACUCAAGCUGUCAUCUCACCGCGCUCAGGCAAACUUAACAAACGCAAAUCAGACAUUGCCAAUACUGACAUUCCACCGUCACCCCCAGUUGGACAGGAUCAAUACAAGAAACACAGUACUGGCAGUGCAGAUGAUGAAUAUGCCGUUAAACUUCGACUGUACACCAAGAAAAUUCAAGGUCUGAAGAAGAAAAUUCGGCUUUUUGAAGAAAACUUUGAAAUAGAGAAUGGCUUCAAGCCAUCCCAUGUAGACAAAACCAACAAACCUGAUGUGAAGAGGUGGAUGAGUGACAUCACAAAGGCCAAGAAAGAGAUCAAAAAGCUGAAGGAGGAGGCCGAGAUGGGCAGUAGAAGUCGACACGGGAGUGGUACCUCAUCAAGUGGUGAGAGAGGGGAACCCCCAGAUCUUCCACCAACUAUGGAGCAGACACUGAUGACCAUUUUACAGAGGCUUCAAGAAAAACGCAAGGAGGUUCAGCGGCCGGAGGAUGUCAAUAUUAUGAACAGAGAACAAGUACAGGAUGAAAAGCUGUCUGUGCAGAAAGCUUUGUUACACUUUGAAAGUAUUCAUGGUCGACCGCGAACCAAAGAUGAUAAAGAUCUCAUGAGACCACUAUAUGAUAGGUACAGGACCAUAAAACGACUGCUCUCAAAACCAUCUUCACCACGAGAUAAAGGUGAGCUGCAAACAGUUCCAGAGGACCAACCAUUUGAACUUCACCCUGCUGAUGCCCGCUCUUCCAAGUUUAUAAACCCUAUCCAUGUACCGACGGCAGACACAGAGGAGGAGGAGGAAGGUGGAGGUCUAGCAGUACUAGGUACCAUGGACUUUGCCGUCACUCGAGAUUUCUCCAUCUUAAAGGACCCAUUACGAUCAACAAAUAAAGCGAAUGAGAAAAGAAAUGGCCAUUCACCAAAAGUGAAACGAAAACUUGACCUCUCAGAUGAAGAUAUCAUUUCUAAAAGUGCAGAAUCAAACCUCCAUGAAAUGUCUGUCCCAGAACUUCAAGAUGAAUUGCUUAGAUCCCGAGGGGAGAAAAAACAUUUAAGACGAUUACUCAGGAACUUUGAAGAGGAAUUUUUAAAGAAACAUGAUAGAAAAGUCCAGAGAGAGGACAGACUUCCCCUACAGUCAGAAUAUCAAGGUUAUAAGCAAACAAAGGCCAGAUUAAAGCUAUUAGAAGCAUUGAUAUCGAAAUAUCAGCAGUCAUCAGAUGAGUAGUUUUCGAAGUUUUCUCCCCUGUUCUUGUGAUAUCCAUUAUAAAGCAUUUUCCACAUUCUUGGCACAGCUGUUUCUGGACUAGUACCAGCCUGAAAAAAUUGCUGCUUUUGACUGGUGCCAUCUUCUCUGUGAAGACCAUGCAUAUGGUGGUACUACUCUGCUUAGUGUGCAACAGCGUAAAAACAAUACUCUGAUCUGUGUGUGGUUUCCAGGGGUUCAAAAUUGAAUACUGUUUACCUGGUGGAUUAUUUACUUUGUAGAAGACGAAGGGUCAUAUGAUGUCCAAUUUAAUUGGAUGUGGAUUAUAUAUUGUGGAUAAGGACAUGUUUUUGUUGACCAGACUUAAGAGCAAUUACAUUUCAUUGUGCUUCAUUUUCUUAUUAAAGCAGCAUCUUGUUCCUUGGUCUGCAAACUUUAGUCUACCAAAAUGUGUGCAGCAGCAAAUGAUGUAUCUGGCAGGCAGAACUUUGAUUGUGAAAUUAAAAUUUGUCAUUGUUCUGUUAGUUUAAUUGUUAAAAAAAAAAACCCCAGCAAAACCUUUAAUUUGCAGUUGAGAAAAUAUCUGUCACUGUGAAUUGUAUUGUUGAUAAAAAAGAAUCUGAUUUCAGACUUCACAAUUUUACAUAAAAAGAAUCAUGUAGAUGUUUUUGAUAUAAAAACAAUAAUGUUGUUUAUAAAUUGAUGUAGAAGUCAUCUACAGAAAAAGCAAGGAAACACUUGUUUUUACCAAAAAUGUAUGUGUCGUGCUUACCCUGGUGUGAUUUUUGCAUGAUUUCAAAUUGAUUUGCUGCCAUAUAUAAUUGUGACAUCUUGAACUGUCUUAAGGGCAUAAAAUAUAUGUAUAUACCAGUGUACUCUCAGUUGGAGUUGUAAGGAGAUGAAACAUUUUUAUUUAUUCCAGUGAAAGAGUAUGACACUACUGUGAUUGUACAAAACACCAGUUGACAUUGAGCGAUGCAUUGUGCAAGUUACGAAUAUGUAAAGUGAAUGUGUGCUGUAUGUAUAUUUUCAUGAUGAUGUUUUUAACUUUGAAGUAUUUGGUGUAAGGUUGUCGAAAGAGAAAGAGUUGUGAAAGAUUGUAAUAUAUGUAACAAGCUUACAUGGCUGUGAUCACUUAAAGGAUCUUCUUUUGUAACUUCUACCAAAAUACUGAUGCCAACAUGCGAAAAAGCCACUUCAGAAACAUCCCUGUCUGCUGACCAGGUAAAUGUUAAACAGAGAUUGUCUGCCUUAUAAAACCGGACCAGAUGAUUACCAUGUUAUGCAGCUGAGUUUUGGUAGAAUUGCAGAAUAUUUUCCCUUAAGUUAUAUUCAGUAGGCAGCAGAAUGGGGAGGCAAUGCCAAGGAGAACGUGGACAGAGGUCCACAUCGUCCAUGAUAGAUACACAGUAACUAUUAGUCCUUAGUCAAGCCUCUUUGAUUUGCCAUUUCAUCAAUUAAUGAUUCUGCCUCAGUUAUGUUGACUUUCAAAAUCACCCUGCCAACCUGUAUACACAUUACACAUUUUACAUUUAUAUAUACUUGUAUCCAGUUAUCCAUUUAUAAGUUUUUGUCUUUUUUGUUUAUUUAUUUAAAUGUUACUAGCAAUAGGGCUCACAAAAAGUACAGUAUUUACCUAAAAUAUUCUUAAUCAGUUGUAGUAUGGAACCUGAAUAUGAUUGAUCAGCUGUUACCCUGUGUACAUGCACAAGUGACCUUUUUGACUGAUAAUUCUUGUAAGCAGAAAUUCAGUUAGAUAUGUACAAAUUGUCUUAUUUCUAAAGAAGGUUACCUCUUUAACAACCCUUACCAAAAGCAAUCUUUUUGUAUGUUGUACUGAAGAAGAACCAAUUUCCUAUAUUGAUAUACAGCUUUAUGUCAGGAUGACAUGUAACAUCAUGUUCUUUUGAAAUCCAUUAUUUUUGCAGUGCCAGUAGGUACCUAACCAGUGUUGUAGUAAAACCUGUCCUAUUUCAGAGCAGAUUUGAUCAGAGUAUAUAUGAAUGUCUGUAAGAUUGGCAUGUACAUCUUGUCCAGGUCUAUGUUCAAGGCCAACAGGAUUUAUGGUGUUCCUGUCAUGAGACUGGUGACUUUCUUUGUGUUUCUUGGUAAGGUAAACAUUUCUAGGGUAUAGGAAAACUACUGUAAGUAUUGUUGGUUUUUUUGUGCAAAACAUGCAUUUACUUUAUGAUUCAAGCAUUUGUUUAACCAAUGGAAAUUUGUAAUGUCACAGAAACCUUUACAGCAUGUAUACCAAUACAUGGCUAUGAUAUGCAUUCAUGUAUCUAUAUCUGUGUGUAUCUACUAUGUAUCAUUGUGAUUUAUUGAUCUCAAACAAAAGGGUUUAUUGGAUUAAUUCUUGAGAGAUAAGGAGACAAGCUGACAACUAAUUAUAUGUAAAUGUUACAUGUUAUCAGUAAUGUCAAAUCACAGUAUUAAAUAGCCUUUGUAAUACAGUGCUGCACUUCAAGGAGCUCAUAUACUGUAUUUGCUACUUGUGAAUCAGUCACAGUGUGUAGUCUAAUCCUCCGAAAUCCAGAUAUAUUAUUUGUUGCGUAAUCUUCGUUAAUCCAGUGUAAUAUCUCUAAUGUUAUCCUCCUACACAGCUGUUAUACCUGUAGUGUAAUCCUCCUACACCAGCUGUUAUAUCUGUAGUGUAAUCAUCCUACACCAGCUGUUAUACCUGUAGUGUAAUCCUACUACACCAGCUGUUAUACAUGUAGUGUAAUCCUCCUACACAGCUGUUAUACCUGUAGUGUUAGCCUCCUACACCAGCUGUUAUACCUGUAGUGUUAUCCUCCUACACCAGCUGUUAUACCUGUAGUGUAAUCCUCCUACACCAGUUGUUAUACCUGAAGUGUUAUCCUCCUACACAGCUAUUAUACCUGUAGUGUAAUCCUCCUACACCAGCUGUUAUACCUGUAGUGUUAUCCUCCUACACCAGCUGUUAUACCUGUAGUGUUAUCCUCCUACACCAGCUGUUAUACCUGUAGUGUUAUCCUCCUACACCAUCUGUUAUACCUGUAGUGUAAUCCUCCUACACCAGUUGUUAUACCUGAAGUGUUAUCCUCCUACACAGCUAUUAUAUCUGUAGUGUAAUCCUCCUACACCAGCUGUUAUAUCUGUAGUGUUAGCCUCCUACACCAGCUGUUAUACCUGUAGUGUUAUCCUCCUACACAGCUGUUAUACCUGUAGUGUAAUCCUCCUACACCAGCUGUUAUACAUGUAGUGUUAUCCUCCUACACCAGCUGUUCUACCUGUAGUGUAAUCCUCCUACACAGCUGUUAUACCUGUAGUGUAAUCUUCAUAUACAGCUGUUACAUCUGUAGUGUAAUCCUCCUAUACAGCUGUUAUACCUGUAGUGUAAUCCUCAUAUACAGCUGUUACAUCUGUAGUGUAAUCCUCCUAUACAGCUGUUAUACCUGUAGUGUAAUCCUCCUACACCAGCUGUUCUACCUGUAGUGUAAUCCUCCUACACAGCUGUUAUACCUGUAGUGUAAUCCUCAUAUACAGCUGUUACAUCUGUAGUGUAAUCCUCCUAUACAGCUGUUAUACCUGUAGUGUAAUCCUCCUACACCAGCUGUUCUACCUGUAGUGUAAUUCUACACAGCUGUUAUACCUGUAGUGUAAUCCUCCUAUACAGCUGUUAUACCUGUAAUGUAAUCAUCCUACACCAGCUGUUAUACCUGUAGUGUAAUCCUCAUACACCAGCUGUUAUACCUGUAGUGUAAUCCUCAUACACCAGCUGUUAUACCUGUAGUGUAAUCCUCCUACACCAGCUGUUAUACCUGUAGUGUAAUUUUCCUACACCAGCUAUUACAUCUGUAGUGUAAUCCUCCUAUACAGCUGUUCUACCUGUAGUGUAAUCCUCCUACACCAGCUGUUAUACCUGUAGUGUAAUCUUCCUACACAGCUGUUAUACCUGUAGUGUAAUCCUCCUACACCAGCUGUUAUAUCUGUAGUGUAAUCCUCCUACACAGCUGUUAUAUCUGUAGUGUUAUCCUCCUACACCAGCUGUUCUACCUGUAGUGUAAUCUUCCUACACAGCUGUUAUAUCUGUAGUGUAAUCCUCCUACACCAGCUGUUAUACCUGUAGUGUAAUCUUCCUACACAGCUGUUAUAUCUGUAGUGUUAUCCUCCUACACCAGCUGUUCUACCUGUAGUGUAAUCCUCCUACACCAGCUGUUAUACCUGUAGUGUAAUCUUCCUACACAGCUGUUAUACCUGUAGUGUAAUCUUCCUACACAGCUGUUAUAUCUGUAGUGUUAUCCUCCUACACCAGCUGUUCUACCUGUAGUGUAAUCCUCCUACACCAGCUGUUAUACCUGUAGUGUAAUCUUCCUACACAGCUGUUAUAUCUGUAGUGUAAUCCUCCUAUACAGCUGUUAUACCUGUAGUGUAAUCUUCCUACACCAGCUGUUCUACCUGUAGUGUAAUCCUCCUAUACAGCUGUUAUACCUGUAGUGUAAUCUUCCUACACAGCUGUUAUAUCUGUAGUGUAAUCCUCCUACACCAGCUGUAAUGUAAUUCCCAACAUUAGCUGAUAUGCUACCCCAGUAGCCAUAUUAAAUAUUGACCAUGCUCAGUUAAAGCCACACAAAUGAUGCUAUAAACUAUUACAAGUAAGGACACAUUGUUACCUAGCACCAAGUGAAUGCCACAUUGUGCUCAACUUAUUAUGUCAUGCCACCUUUGUUAAAUAGAUCUGCUACCAAUUAAAUGUGAUACUAUAAACACAACAUGUUUAAUACUGUGACUAGAUUUACUAUUUUUCAUCAUGUUAUGUGUAGCUUGCUUUUCGUCACAAGUUUUCAAGUUUUCUGUUUCUGACUGACCAGACAUUAAUUCAAUGAUAUCAGGUCAAUACACCUGUGUAUCAAAUGGCCAAAUUAACCACUAAAUUAGGGUUUUGGUAAACCUAGGAUUAUCAUACCUGAGGUGUGAUGGACAGAAUGAUUAGUCAGUUUAUCAGACUUUUGUUUAUCUUUGGUAAGUAAAACUGGUAAAUAGAUUUAGUGGUCAUUUUGGCAAGAUCUUACUAGUGUGGCCAAUAAGUUGUCUGAUUUACAUGACAUCAUUGUUAUGGUCAGGUGUUGGUCACUUUGAUAUUAUGUGACAACACAGAUGAACAAAUACGAUUAUGUUUUAGUUAAUAUAUUCCUAAAUACUUCUUACACAUAGUGUGUUGUAUUCAUACAAGUGUGUUACACUGCUACUAACCUGUCUCCAUGGUGAUACUGUAGGGAGAACAUUCCCAGUCGUGAAUGAAUGGAUAGAUUGUUUGAAUGAACACAACUUGUACCUCUCUUGUUAGAACAUUUUAUUUGCGUCCAUAGUUUCACCACUAGUUCAUAGAUAGAUACCAGAUAGCUUAUUUUUUGUAUAGUUAUUUGCCAGGAAGUGCUGUAGACUACUUAGUAGACUUGCUGCCUGUUAUGUUGCAGCUCUGAUACAAUUGUUAAAUAUGUGUAUGUCCGAUGAUAAUGUCUUCUCUUUGACUAUAAGGGAGAGUCCAACAUUGUUGAUUUACAGAUGAAAGCUUAAUAAAAAGCCUUUUCUGAAACAUU